AUGGCUGUCCAUGGGUCGCCUUCCCUCUUCAGGUCAAUAGAAGGGGUGUUCGUUUACAGCGAACCUGAAGACAACACCAUGAUCUAUGCUCGUUUACAGGUUGGGAAGCCUGAGACGGGCAAGGCUGUGUCUCCUUUUUGCGACAACGGCAACGAUGUCGCGUGCAAUAGAGCCCCGUCUCGAAUCAACGGUCGGCUCAGUGUCCUAGACGACUCUAUAAGACAGCACAUGUUUGACACGGUGCAACUGUGUUUGCGAGGUAAUACCACCGACACCACGGGGCCCUUGGGAGAGAGAGAGUCUGACUUGAUACCAGGUGUCAUCACAUCUUCGGUGGGUUACAAGCAUGCGAUUGAGGACAUCAUCACCCUCACCGAUGUCAAGGCGGUGUCGGAUUUCAAACCGGCCACAUGUACCAGCGAGACCGAUACGCGCAAAAGUCGCCAUUUGGACUUUUACUUUGAACUGCCCACCAGCAUUUCCUGCCGGGAUGGCAUCUUCCGCUCUCUUCCCCUGACGGGCACGUUCACAGGCACCACCACGAUCACCCAGAGCACGGCGCUGAACGAUCUACGGGUCGAACACGGGAGCUGUGAGGUGUCUUACUGGGUCGAGGUCACGUUUCGCCUGUCCGGGCGGCAGAUCGGUUUCUUGACCCAGCACACCCAAAUCCCAUCUCUCUACCCUCAUCUGCGGGCGGCGCCGGCGAGAGGGAUCCCUCUGACCCACCGUGCGAAACCCGACAUCCUGGCGCGCUGUCGGUUUCACAAAAUCCCGGACCUGUCACUCACCUUGUCCGAAGCGGACAUGACGGUGCGACGGGACCCAGAGACCGGGAAGCGACACAUCAGCGUGCCCCUCAGCGUGGCCAGGGACGCGUCCGAGAAUUUUGGGAUAGACGGCCGUCAAUCGCUGAAAUGCUCGGUCGAAGCCAAGUGGGAGGUGAAGACGCGCUUCUCCACGACCCCGGGUCGUCCGUCUUCUGCAAAGGUGAGGGCGGGCGAAGUCAUUUACAAAGUGACGACGGCGUCGACGCAGAAGUCGACCAUCCUAUUCCGCCCGCUACCGCAGUACGACGACGACUCGCGUCGCACACAGAACGCGAAGAAACCCCCCGCCGAGCCGUACGUUGCGACGUCUCAACUCGACCUCUCCGUGCCGGAUACCCUCUCCCAGCCAUCGCUAGACUGGAUGUAUCUCUCGAGGACCUACGCUCUGGACCUCUGCCUGACGUUCCACGGUGGCCACGGCGCGCCCAAGUACUCUCUUCACACCAACAUUCCGCUCUCGGUCGCCGCUUACGGGUCGAAAGCCGACGACGCAGCGAAGAACCAAGUCGUCGUGGGCGUCUCGGAGAUUGCCUCGGGCUGGGAGUCUGAGGAGGAGGAGGGGGAGGACGGCCACAGUGAACUCCUCGGACCGCUGGGUGUGAGCACGGCGCAGCGGCAGCAAGGACAGCGCAACGCGACGAGGACACCGCCACCGGCUUACUUUCGAUGA